CAGAGAGGGGGCGCGUAGCUGUCGGCGGGGACGCAUCUACUCAGUAGCUGUGUCGCCGGCUGCCCUGGGGCCUGGAUAGUGAGGCUGCGUGAGCCCGCCUGCCGGCUGUAGAGGACUUCAGAUAUUGUUUAACCACUAAGACCAGGCUGGCCCAGAACUCAUGGCUCCCCCCUGCCGCAGCCUCCCACGUGCUGUUACCUGGUGGGCGCAGCUCAUCAUUUGGGUUGUCACAGUUUGGGCUGCAGUAGAAGAACAGCGUUCUCUCUAGUCACGGUGAAGGCAGUCGGCAGGUGUGCUUGGUCACCAUGAAGCUGCUGCACCCAGCCCUCCCUAGCUGCUUCCUUUUGGUGCUGCUUGGUAUAUGGAGAACAGCCCCCCAGACUCAUGCCUCCUCUGCUGCCAUGCCACCCCUUAGUGCCACUUCUUUCCUGGAAGACCUCAUGGAGCGCCAUGGAGAAAACCACAGCCUUACCCUGACACAGCUGAAGAAACUACUCGACCGCCUGAAAGUGGGAGUAGGCCAGGAUACCAUUACCCAGCCCAAGGGAGGACACAGGAACCUCUCCACGUGCUUUAGCUCUGGAGAUCUCUUUGCUGCCCACAAUUUCAGUGAGCAGUCUCAGAUCGGGAUGAGUGAGUUUCAGGAGUUCUGCCCCACCAUUCUCCAGCAGUUGGAUUCCCAGGCCUGCACCUCAGAAAACCAAACGACCAAGGAAAAUGAGCAGACAGAGGAGGGCAAGCCAAGCGCCAUUGAAGUGUGGGGCUUUGGGUUCCUCAGUGUCUCACUGAUUAACCUGGCCUCUCUUCUGGGAGUCCUGGUCCUGCCAUGCACGGAGAAAGCGUUUUUCAGCCGUGUGCUCACUUACUUCAUCGCCCUGUCCAUUGGAACGCUGCUCUCUAACGCACUCUUCCAGCUCAUCCCUGAGGCUUUUGGUUUCAGCCCCCAGGACAACUAUGUCUCCAAGUCUGCAGUGGUAUUUGGGGGUUUCUACCUGUUCUUUUUCACAGAGAAGAUCCUGAAGAUGCUCCUGAAGCAGAAAAACGAGCACCAUCAUGGACAUAACCAUUUUACCUCUGAGACACAUCCUUCCAAGAAGGACCAGGAGGAGGGUGUGACAGAAAAGCUACAGAAUGGGGACCUGGACCACAUGAUUCCUCAGCACUGCAACAGUGAGCUGGACGGCAAGACACUGGGCGCAGAUGAGAAGGUCAUCGUAGGCUCCAUGUCCGUGCAGGAUCUGCAGGCAUCCCAGAGUGCUUGCUACUGGCUCAAAGGGGUCCGAUACUCUGAUAUCGGUACUUUGGCCUGGAUGAUCACCCUGAGCGAUGGUCUCCACAAUUUCAUCGAUGGCCUGGCUAUUGGUGCCUCCUUCACUGUGUCUGUUUUCCAAGGCAUCAGUACAUCAGUGGCCAUUCUCUGUGAGGAAUUCCCGCACGAGCUGGGAGACUUUGUUAUCCUGCUCAAUGCUGGCAUGAGCAUCCAGCAGGCUCUAUUCUUCAACUUCCUUUCUGCGUGCUGCUGCUACGUGGGUCUGGCCUUUGGCAUCCUGGCUGGCAGUCACUUCUCUGCAAACUGGAUCUUUGCCCUGGCUGGAGGAAUGUUUUUGUACAUUGCCCUAGCUGAUAUGUUCCCUGAGAUGAAUGAGGUCUGCCAAGAGGACGAGAGGAAGGACAGCUUCUUGGUCCCCUUUGUCAUCCAGAAUCUUGGCCUCCUAACCGGUUUCUCCAUCAUGCUGGUCCUUACAAUGUAUUCAGGGCAGAUUCAGAUAGGGUAGGGCCCUGCCCUCUGGGAGGUGGUGGCAUUGGACAUCGGGCUCUGGGCCAUCCGUUCCCUGGCCUGAAGACUCAGUAUCCACGAAGCAUCAUGGUAGAGGCAGUUCUCUAAAAACUGGUACAGACAUCCCGCCUGCAUCCAGAUGUCAGCUGUUUCAAAAUGCUCUGUCCUAGGAAGAAGCUGUCCUGGGAAUCUCUAGGUAGUGCCUCAAACUGUCUCCCUGACCCCCUUCCACUGAUGAUUCUGGAACUGAAAUGCCACACGUAGGACCUACUUCCCUAUUCCUCCUGGUUACCCUCGUCUCUGUCUCUUGGAAGACGCACUGAGAGACGUGGACUAUUUUAUUUUACAAUGUAAAAAUGAAAGUCAGUGGUCAUGGUUUGGUUAGAAAUAUCAGGGUGGCCUCCAGCUUUGGGGCCUGUGAUUCUAAAUGUGUGUACCUUGGACUUCAGGUUGGCCCAUCUUGCCAUAGGUUCUCGUGUUUUUACAGAGAAAGAGCAGAAGACAAGAAUCCUGGUUGGUUGGUUUUGUUUUUGUUUUUUCAGACUGAUAACUGUCUUCUGAAAGAGGCUGACAUUCCAAGCCAAUGAGUAGGGCAGGUAGGGAGGCAGGGGAUCAUCUUGAGUGAGAAGGAAAUAGAACUAGUGGCGGAUAUCCUGUCUCCUUGGUGCUUGUUGGUUUCCAUUAGGAUGCUGCCUGUUGGCUGUGUGCAGCAUCUGGAGUCACAAGAGGUCUACCCCAAAUCCGUUAGCUUUGCCCUGAUUCUCACACCUACCUAUUGGCUUCUCUUUUCUAGAUACUUUUUAGAUGCCUCACCAGGAGCACAAUUCAGAGCACAUCUAAGAUGUUUGCAUUAGAGGGGAAAUUGCACAAAUUAGUCUCCCCUGGCAAAAGACUUCUGCCAAGUAGGACCUGACUCAUAAAAUGGGUACACGGUUGUUUAUGCCUUAUUGUGACAAAGGUAAUCAGAAAUGGAGUCGGUGCGGGCCAAACUUAGGACUUGCUAACUUCGGAAAUAAUAGCUGAAUACCAAGGGACUGUGGACCCUGAGGUCAAACCUUGAGGUAAGGGCUGCAGGUGUCAUUGCUGCCAGUGGGUUUUAAAGGGUACUGUCUAGCUACCACUUCCUCCCUGGUCCCAGACAAUUCCAGAGAACGGAUCCUGAAUUGAAUUGAGUGUAAAUUGCUUUCAUUUGGUCCAGAAAAGCAGAUGGUUCUGCUUGUCAUUUCACACCACUGGCCAGCCCUCAGGCACUGUGGAGCCUCCCCCCUCAGAACUCUGGCUUCCAGGGGAGCUCAUCUCCAGGUUCACUACGUGAAUUAAUUUAUUAUUAUCAUAUUGAUAUGUGGAUUCCUUAGCCACUUUGGGGAGCCAGUCUCUCCCGGAGCCUUUCUUAGUGGUGCCCACAAUCACAUCCCCGGGGCUGUUGUUUGCAUGACUGACAGUACUGGUUCAUUUCCAACGCCUGAGUCUGUUCUAACCACAGGGAAACUGUCCGUUAAAAGCAGCAUAUAUCUAAUAUAUAUGUGUAUAUAUAUAUAACAACAUAUAUGUACAUAUAUAUAUGAACACAUGUAUAUGUACAUACAUAGAUGUUCCUUCUUCUUCUUCUUGGGGAGACAUGCUUGAAAUUGGGAACCCUGACAACACCACUGGAGAAACUUAUGUAUUUGCUCAGUUUCUCUCCGGCUCUUACCUCUUGCCUGUGAGAAGAGGUAGGAGGAAGAGGAAACUUGAGCAAUCAAGGUUCUAGACUGAAUGUCAGGGCCAGUCCUGGUAAGAUUAGGGUCCAGUUUUACCAAAGAACCAAUUCUGUCACUGUUAGAACCUAAGCUUUUAUGUUACUGUCACAGUCUUCGUCAUCGUUUGAAGAUGAGUCUCUAUCUUUUCUGUUUCCUUUUUCCUUCAACUGCUUCACGAGAUAGAAAAAACUGACACUCAAAAUCUCAGGCUGAGCUGGGCGUGGUGACUCACACCUGAAGUCUCAGCAUUUAGGCGGCUCAAGUUUUACAUCAACCCAGGCUUCGUACUGAAUGGCAGGCCAGUCUGGGCUACAUAUGGAGCUCCUGGGUCAGCGAGACAAAAUGAAGACACAAAUAUAAAAAUUAAGACUAGCGCCAAAGCUGUGGCUCAGUGAUAGAACUUUUGCCUACUGUGUGUGAGAGACCCUGAAUUUAAUUCCCAAUACUCCUCCAUCCCCCACAAAGAUCGAAAGAUUCUGCUUAACCUUGUUCGUGUAAUAUAUUUUUAAUUUUAGAAUCCCUCCUAGAUCUUGUUAUUUCUUAAAUACCCUUUAUGCUGGAGUAGGACAGUGGCUUACUUUGUUUAUAAGAGCUUAAAAAUAGUCUUCAAGAUGAGAUAGAGCACCUGCCGUGCACACGUCAACUCGAGAACUGUCCUGUGCAGGAGGCUGCCUUUAAAGGGAACUUCUGGGGCUUCUUCAGAGCAGAAGGCCGGCAUCAGUCAGACCCAGGCGGGGUAUGGGGCCAUGCUCCAGUGGUCCAGCUGAUGACCCAUUGCUGUUGGCAACAGAUUCACCCCAUGAGCUGAAAAUGUUGCCGCUGACUUGUUUUUGACUUACAGAGUUGAACUUGCUGUUUUAAGCAUCUGUACAUAUUAGAACUCUAAGGGGUAGUGAGUAGUCGAGCAGACUUUCUCCCCUGGCCAUACUGCCCGUAGCGACUGUCUCCUGUUAACACUAGCAAGGAAAGUGCUUGUCACACAGAGGAGCCCUUAGCCACCCAUAGGGUUCUGUCACCGCACACUUCAUUCCUGACCUCACCUUUUGUCAUCCAUCCCUGCCCUCCAAUAUUUAGUGUCUGGUGUCAGCAGGGGGAGCCUCCCUCAGUAACCCUUCACUCUGGGUUUUAGAAGACUUCUCUGGAUCUCUUAGGAUCCAGUUUUAAUGAACCCUCUUCCAAAGAGAUUCAGAUGAGCUGGGUGAUAUUUUGCAAAAAACCGGAUUUUAUUCAUAGUUCCCUUUACAGUUCCAUCACAGUAUUUUUUUUAAAUAACUCAGGUGUUAUGAGAGGAAUUAGAAAUUAAGUAACUUAUAUCAUGUGGACUGUAAAUGUUUUAUUUGUAAGAUUCUAUAAAUAAAGCUAUAUUCUGUAA